UUACGAAGAAACAAAAGAAGAACUGGAAGAGUUUCAGAUCAGCAGUCGUGAGUUAGAGCAAGAACUGGAGACGCAGCUGCGACAGGAGGAGAAGAAAGCCAAGGAGCUCAUCUUAUCAAAUGAAAGAUUACAGACUGAAUGUGACUCACUCCGGGACAAGUUGCAGAAGCUACAGACAGACAGUCACCACAGAGUGACAGAACUGGAAGACAACUAUGCUAGGGUGGAAGCUCAUAGAAAUGAGCUACAGAAAUAUAUACGUGAAUUGGAACAAGAUAACGAUGAUUUGGAAAGAGCUAAACGUGCCACUGUUGUUUCUUUAGAAGACUUUGAACAGAGGCUGAAUCAGGCAAUUGAAAGGAAUGCCUUUCUUGAAAGUGAGCUGGAUGAAAAGGAGGCUUUGUUUGAGACAGUUCAGAGAUUGAGGGAUGAAGCAAGAGAUCUGAAGUCAGAGAUUGAUGUCCGCAAGCAUCAGGGCACAGUCAUCAAACCCAGUGCUGGUGAUGGCAUGCCAGUAGCAGUGAAGCAACCCAUGCAGGACAGUGGCUAUGCAGGACAUGGGACAUCUCCACCCACUCCAACAACACCCAUCAGUAGAGCACUCUCUGUGCCUGGAGUUAGUAAUGGCACUACAGGGACCCCUUUUACACCUUCAGCUCGAAUAUCUGCUCUCAACAUUGUAGGAGAUUUACUCAGGAAGGUUGGGGCUUUGGAAUCCAAGCUGGCAACUUGCAGAAGCUUUAUGAAAGAUGAUCCUAGAAAUAAAGCUGGCGGUGCUAGCCCAGUGAACUCUCCAAGAGUCAAGUGUGUGAAGACUUAUCACAGACAGGUGGACGGACAUCAGUAUAUGCAUACAACUUGA